UUCAUAGAGCUAAAGCUCAAAGCAAAAGUUAAUUGCCUUAAAACCCCUCUCUCAACUUCACAUAUUCCGUCUCCUUCCCUACUAUAGAAACAUUUUAAACACUAUUAGAACAGAUUAAUUUUUCUGUUUUCUCCCUCUUAUUAACCAGCUUUUAUUUGUCUCUCUAGUUCAUCAAUGGAGGGUGAACGAUGGAACUCUAGCAAAACUAUAAAACCAAAUGAAUUGGUGUUCGAACAAGAUCCAAAGUCCGGCUUGUCCUUUUGCUACCUAUUGAUAUUUUUCCAAGAGUAUUAUCCACCCGGUUUCCUAAAAAAGGUGAUAGCAGAGAUAAUUGCAACGUUCCUAUUAGUGUUUGUGACAUGUGGUGCAGCAGCAAUUAGUGCUAGCGAUGAACACAAAGUGUCGAGACUUGGAGCGUCCGUAGCAGGUGGACUAAUAGUGACAGUGAUGAUAUAUGCAGUUGGACAUAUCUCUGGUGCACAUAUGAAUCCUGCCGUUACCUUUGCUUUUGCCGCCGUUAGACAUUUUCCUUGGAGACAGGUACCAUUAUAUGCAGCAGCACAAAUUACAGGAGCAACCUCAGCUGCAUUCACACUGCGAAUAUUGCUUCAUCCAAUAAAACAUGUGGGAACUACAACUCCCUCAGGCUCAGACAUUCAAGCUUUAAUCAUGGAAAUUGUAGUCACCUUCUCUAUGAUGUUCAUCACCUCUGCAGUUGCCACUGAUACCAAAGCUGUAAGGAUCCCAAAAAUCACGUUCUUUGUGUUUGUUAUAACGUAAUUUAUUUUCCCAAAAAGUAUUUUUCAUGAUAAUAUUAACCAUUUUUAAGUGUCUGGUUUUCGAAAAACAUUUUUUAUCAAAA